GCUGGGUCGCGUGUGUGUGUCUUCAGUUUUCUUGGUGAAACAGAGUAAAAAUAAAUAAAUAAAUAAAAAUGCCACAGUUAUCAGGCGGCGGCGGAGACCCGGAGCUUUGCGCCACAGACGAAAUGAUCCCGUUCAAAGACGAAGGAGACCCGCAUAAGGAGCAGAUCUUCGCCGAGCUCAGCCACUCGGAGGAAGAGGGAGACCUGGCAGACAUCAAGUCAUCUCUGGUCAACGAGUCAGAGAGCAGCCCCAACAGCCACGAUGCAGCUAGACAGUCCCAAAUACAGCAAGAUUCAUAUCAUGAAAAACACAGAGACCAUUCUGAAGACGGAAAACUCCAAGACCUGUACAGUAAAGGCCAUCCGUACCAGGGCUACCCGGGCUACAUCAUGAUGAGCAACAUGAACGACUCCUACAUGAACAAUGGCUCCCUGUCGCCGCCCAUGCCCAGAACGUCCAACAAAGUCCCCGUGGUGCAGCCGUCUCAUGCAGUCCACCCACUCACCCCACUGAUCACGUACAGCGACGAGCACUUCGCCCCAGGAUCCCAUUCUGGUCUUCAUCCCCAGGAUAUCAACAACAAACAAGGAAUGCCAAGGCAUCACCCUGGACCAGACAUGACCAACUUCUACUCCCUGUCUCCUGGAGGAGUCGGACAGAUCACGCCACCGCUGGGCUGGUUCUCACACCACAUGGUGCCCGGCCCCCCAGGUCCCCACGCCACAGGGAUCCCCCACCCGGCCAUCGUCAACCCACAGGUCAAACACGAGCCACCGCAUGAAACAGACAUCAUGCACAUGAAACCCCAGCACGAACAGAGAAAGGAGCAGGAGCCCAAAAGACCGCACAUCAAGAAGCCGCUAAACGCCUUCAUGCUCUACAUGAAAGAAAUGCGUGCGAAUGUGGUCGCCGAGUGCACGCUGAAGGAGAGCGCUGCCAUCAAUCAGAUCCUGGGACGAAGGUGGCAUGCUUUAUCUCGGGAAGAGCAAGCUAAGUAUUAUGAGUUAGCCCGCAAGGAACGGCAGCUCCACAUGCAGCUCUACCCAGGCUGGUCCGCUCGAGACAAUUAUGGAAAGAAGAAGAAGCGGAAGAGGGAGAAGAUGCAGGAAUCCGCCCCAGGUACAGGCCAGAGAAUGAAAACGGCGUACAUCUGAGAAUAUGGAGGAAAACGGAACAACUUCUCCACAUGCAAAGCGAAGGCAGCAGCUACGGGCCCUCUGCUAGAGAUGGAGGCCUGUUAGAUUCCAUGAAGACCCUUAAAUCUCCAAACUGAAGCCUCCAGUUCUCAGAGGAUCCCCCCCCCCUCGACCCAUCUCUUCCAACCCCACCUAAACCUCACAACCCCUUCUUUCAACACAGUCACAUGCCACCACCACCAAGAACACUUCACUGUUUGACUCUACUCCCGUCCUGAAGGCGCCUGCUGUAGAGACACUGAACAAGACAAUCACGAUUAGUAGGCGCACCAUCACAACCACACUUCUCUCACCGAAA